GCCUUGAAUAAAUGAUGCAUUUAUCAUGUUCAUGGCAAAAAUAAGAAAAACUGGAGGGUGGUUUUAAUAUCAGAGGAUUCCGCGCUUGAAAGUUGGCAGUGCAACAUAGCAGAGAAAAGCACAACUGGACACCAUGCAUCUUUUUGUCCCUUCACUGGAUCUAAAUGUAUAAUCAUACCCAAAAAGGAGCAUUGAAGAAGUUUGCCCUGUGAUCUGUAAAAAUGGUAGGGUCUAGUUUUAGGAUCUGUAAGGGUCGCAUUGGGAAGCGAGGAGGUCAUUUAGGGUUCAUCCAUUACCUCUGCAUUAUAAUCUUCUGUGGCUCUUUACUUGCUUUACUCUUUAUCGACGUCAUUGAAUUAUGGGUGACCUCGCUGGGCAUGAGCAAAGUGGAAGGGUUUCAUAGACUGGUUCUUCCACACAGUAUUCCUCCAACCCGUUCGGAAGAGUACCUGCUUAUGCCGAGCGUCCACGUCUGCGAACGUGCCAAACCUUUCCUCGUCGCUCUGGUUGUAUCCGCACCUCCCAACAGAAAGGCCCGCCAAGCCAUUCGGGACAGCUGGGGUGGGGAAAUACACGUCAGGGGUCACCGAGUCCUGACGCUCUUCGCCGUCGGUCAGCCGUCGGACCCGGUUCUCGGGAAAGAAUUGGUGGAAGAGUCAAAGGAGCGCGGGGAUCUCAUACAGGGUCGCUUCAUUGACUCCUACGCCAACUUAACCCUUAAAACUCUGUCUAUACUGGGAUGGGCGCGCCGUUUCUGCCCACAGGCUCGCUAUCUGGCAAAAGUAGAUGAUGAUGUGCUGUUUAACCCCAGUGCACUUCUGCAGUAUCUCAACCACAGCUUUAAAACGGCAGAAAGUGAACUCGCUGAGCUUUAUUUGGGUCGUGUUCACAUGCAAGUCGCACCGGAUCGCAAUCCUUCCAGCAGACACUUCAUGUCAGAAACGGCAUACGCUGGCGUGGUUUUUCCGGAUUACUGCAGCGGGACGGCGUAUGUACUUUCUCGACCGGCGUUGCUCAAGCUGUCAUUAGCGGCGGUUGCCAUACAAUUACCCAGUCCAUUGCCACCUGAGGAUGUGUUUGUAGGGAUUUGUGCUCACACCGCAGGGAUUACACCGACCCAUUCCCCACUCUUCUCCGGAGGACCCGCUGUACCAUUCAGCCGUUGUUGCUAUCAGACUAUGGUGUCGGUCCACCACACCAAACCAGGGGACAUGGUGCAGUACUGGACACAAGUGCACUCCACCGCCCCGUGCUCAUGGCUGGGCGCGCGGACGUCUCUUGGGGUCUGCAAAGUAAGAGCGCUUCUCGGGACACUGUUGGGGAGAGACUCCUGAAAUGAAACAUCGUCUGAAAAGCCAAAGGGAAA